UACACGACCCAUAAAGGCACGAUGUUAUCUUUUUAUAUCUUCGGUCGAGAGUACUUCGUAAGUUCAAGUCCAGUGUUUUGGGAAUAUAAUCAGUCACGUGUAGGACAUUGAUUCAUCAUGAUUCAUUGAUUCAUUAUGAGUGACCUUGCUCCUAGUCCUAGCUGUAGGAAAGGCCUACUCAAGUUGGUAAUAUUACGCAUCGGACUAGAUUUGAAUGGAAACACUCGACACGAGAGGCCGCGUCUGUGAUUAUCUUUUUAUUAAAACUAUCAAUUCCAACUGAAAUCAGAGAGACUUGUCCUUGUUCGAAGGACCAAAGUAGAGCAACCCUGAACGAUGAGUGCAUGGAAAGAAAAGCGAUUGGAUGGCAAGGUUGCGAUAGUGACUGGUGCCAACAGUGGCAUCGGACGGGCUACAGCUGAGGAACUGCUCAACAGAGGUGCCAAGGUCUUCCUGGCGUGCCGUGACCUGACGAAGGCUAAUGCUGCCGCCGACGAAAUGAGGGCGUCCGGUGAAGCAAUUGUUAUGAAGUUAAAUUUACAAGAUUUCCAAUCGAUAAAGGACUUUGUGGUGGAUUUCAAUGCCAGGGAAGAUCGUUUAGAUCUUCUCAUCAAUAACGCUGGUGUUAUCUUCACGGAGCGUACGGUCACGCCUGAGGGCAAUGAGUUAACUUUCCAUAUCAAUCAUCUAGGGCCAUUUCUCCUCACGCAUCUGUUGCUCGAUAAACUGAAGGCGUCCUCACCAAGUCGAAUCAUCAAUGUAUCCUCGGAAGCUUACUCCAUGGGUCGGAUUCAAUUCGAUGACCUAACUCUUGAGAGAAACUGGUCAUCAAUGAAGGCAUAUGGUCAAAGCAAGCUGGGCAACAUCUUCUUCACGCAGGAACUGGCCAAGCGUUUAAAAGAUGAUGGUGUGACGUCAUAUGCAGUUCACCCAGGAGCAGUGAAUACCGACAUAGGGAAAGACUUCGCAGACAAAUACUGUUGCUAUUCUUGCUUUUGUUUUUGCAUCCGUCCAUGCAUCCGAACACCAGAGCAAGGCGCGCAGACGUCUGUCUACUGUGCAACUGCUGAAGGCAUCCCGAGUGGAGCAUAUUUCAUGAACUGUAAAGUUGCCAACCUUAAAAGUGUAGCAAGAAAUGAAGAAGCAGCAUCCAAGCUUUGGCAGACCAGCAUGGAACUCGUCGGACUUGCGCCAAAUGUUCAUGCUGCUAAUGACGGCAGUGUCGGCUAUGGUACCGUAUGAACAUAACCGAAGACAUUUCUACCAAGAACUCUGGCAAUGAUUGCCAAGGCGGCAACUACCAAGAACAUCACCUGUAGUGGAAGACGUUCUAGUUGCUCUUGGCGGCAGUCAUAUUUAUCAGUGUUUCACAUGUAAAUGUAUAGGGCUGCCUAAAGUACGGCAUCCCCCAUUUUUUGUUGACAAAAUAUCAUAUACUUGACACUAACUUGA